CUUUGAUGGGGUUAAAGAAGGUGACACUCAAUUCUCGGAGUGUAGUUCCUUUGAUUUGAGUCAUCAUUCUAAAGUAAGGAGUGUCGUCCAAACUUUAGGUGUUCUCAACUAUCCACAGGCCUAUAAACAUUGCACCUUUGAGACCAGAAACGACAAAAGUGGCGUACGACGGAGAACCAGACAUGGGUGGGGAAGAUGUGUCUCCCAUUAAGGUGAAAGCUGCAUAUAAUGGAGAUAUCUUAUGUGUUGAUGUCGAUCCAGAUAUUCAAUUUGAGGACUUUUGUUCCGAUAUGAGAGACAUCUGUAACUUUCAGGACGAUGCCCUUUUUACUAUGAAGUGGCUGGAUGAUGAAGGUGAUCCUUGCACAAUCUCAUCACAAGAGGAACUUGAAGAAGCUAUCAGACUUUAUGAUCUACAUAAAGAUUCCAACAUUAUCAUUCAUGUUUUCCCAAAUGUGCCUGAGAAGCCUGGAGCACCAUGCCCGGGAGAAGACAAAAAUAUCUACAGGCGUGGAGCAAGACGUUGGCGUAAGCUAUACAAGGUCAAUGGGCACACCUUCCAACCAAAACGGUUUAGUCGGAGAGCAAUCUGUUCAAUUUGCAACGACCGUAUUUGGGGUUUAGGAAGACAAGGUUUCAAGUGUACAGACUGUAAGGUUCUUGUUCACAAACGCUGUCAUAAGUAUACCAAGGUUCCUUGUGGUGAACGUCAGGAACCAAGAUCCUUUUUGAAUGAAUCAUCUCGUAGUUCACCAAGUGAUUCGAUCCGAGGUAACACAUCAGGUGCCAGUAAUGACUUCCAUCAUGAAGCAGGUGAGACAGUGUCAGUGGAAGGGUCAUCAAAACGCAUUGGACUGGAAGAGUUUGACCUCAUUCGGGUCAUUGGUCGUGGCAGCUAUGCCAAGGUAAUGGUGGUUGAACAACGAAAGACGCAAAGAAUCUAUGCAAUGAAGGUGAUUAAAAAAGAACUGGUGAAUGAUGAAGAAGACAUUGACUGGGUGCAGACAGAAAAACAUGUCUUUGAGACAGCCUCUAAUCAUCCAUUCCUUGUUGGUUUGCACUCAUGCUUUCAGACAAAGAGCAGAUUAUUUUUUAUCAUAGAGUUUGUAAGUGGUGGUGAUUUAAUGUUCCACAUGCAGAGGCAAAGACGUCUUCCAGAGGAGCACGCCCGCUUUUACUCGGCUGAAAUCUGCCUUGCUCUCAACUUCUUACAUGAGAAAGGUAUAAUUUAUCGAGAUUUGAAACUGGAUAACGUACUCCUUGAUUCUGAAGGGCACAUUAAACUGACUGAUUAUGGCAUGUGUAAAGAAGGUCUUCGGCCAGGAGACACGACUAGCACAUUUUGUGGCACUCCAAAUUACAUUGCACCAGAGAUACUCUCAGGAGAAGACUAUGAUUACUCCGUAGAUUUCUGGGCCCUUGGUGUAUUGAUGUUUGAAAUGUUGGCUGGAAGGUCGCCAUUUGAUAUUGUCGGAAAUGCGGAAAAUCCUGACCAAAACACUGAAGAUUAUUUAUUCCAAGUAAUUCUAGAAAAGCCAAUCAGAAUACCAAGAUCCUUGUCAGUGAAAGCAGCAUCAAUCCUGAAGGGUUUCCUUAAUAAGAGUCCAGCCGAUCGACUUGGAUGUCAUCCUACUACUGGCCUUGCUGAUAUUACAACUCACCCUUUCUUCAAAACUAUUGACUGGGAAAGAGUAAGUCAAUAUCCUGUUAUUAUCAAUCUUAGUAUUGUUUUACUGUAGUUUAAGUUGGGCUCCAGGGCCA